AUGAGCGACUGCGGCGUCGAAGGAGCGAUGAGCGACUGCGGCGUCGAAGGAGCGAUGAGCGACUGCGGCGUCGAAGGAGCGAUGAGCGACUGCGGCGUCGAAGGAGCGAUGAGCGACUGCGGCGUCGAAGGAGCGAUGAGCGACUGCGGCGUCGAAGGAGCGAUGAGCGACUGCGGCGUCGAAGGAGCGAUGAGCGACUGCGGCGUCGAAGGAGCGAUGAGCGACUGCGGCGUCGAAGGAGCGAUGAGCGACUGCGGCGUCGAAGGAGCGAUGAGCGACUGCGCGUCGAAGGAGCAUGAGCGUCGGCGUCGAAGGAGCGAUGCGGCGCGUCGAAGGGCGAUGAGCGACUGCGGCGUCGAAGGAGCGAUGAGCGACUGCGGCGUCGAAGGAGCGAUGAGCGACUGCGGCGUCGAAGGAGCGAUGAGCGACUGCACCGGCUUCACCUUGAUUUUACGUAACAAGGAACGGAUAUUGAAAGUAAUUUGCUCGCUGAUAAGCUGCGUCUUUUGCAUCUUUAUGGCGAUGCUACGAGCC